UCUAUAAACAAAGCCAUGCAGAAGAACUAUGAAGUGGUGAACGUCGGCAUUUUAGACAUCUAUGGCUUUGAGAUUUUUGCCAAAAACGGUUUUGAACAGUUCUGCAUCAACUAUGUCAAUGAGAAGCUGCAGCAGAUUUUCAUAGAACUUACUCUGAAGGCAGAACAGGAAGAAUAUGUUCAGGAGGGCAUAAAGUGGACACCGAUUGACUACUUCAACAACAAGAUUGUGUGUGAUCUGAUAGAGUCCAAGAAUCCACCUGGUGUCAUGUGUGUCCUGGAUGAUAUAUGUGCUACCAUGCAUGCAGUCUCUGAAGGAGCUGAUGACAAACUCCUUGGGAAACUGCAAAAUCAAGUGGCUACAAACAAGCAUUACCAAGGUUGCAGUGGUGGUUUUAUUGUUCACCAUUAUGCCGGCCAGGUGGAAUAUACUGCCAACGGUUUCUGUGAGAGAAACCGUGAUGUCCUAUUUGCAGACCUAGUGCUUUUGAUGCAGUCAAGUAGCAACCCUUUCAUAGUCAGCUUGUUUCCAGAGGUUGUAGACACAGCGGCAAAAGGCAGACCGACAACAGCCAGCAGUAAGAUUAAGACACAGGCAAAUAAACUAGUGGAAACUCUGAUGAAAUGUACUCCUCACUACAUUCGAUGCAUCAAGCCAAAUGAAACCAAAAGGGCUAAAGAUUGGGAAGAUGUCAGAGUGAAACAUCAAGUUGAAUAUCUCGGAUUAAAGGAGAACAUCCGAGUGCGCAGAGCAGGUUUUGCCUUCAGGAGAGAGUUUGGAAAAUUUAUCAAAAGGUAUGCAAUCCUGACGCCAGAGACGUAUCCUAACUGGAGAGGGGAGCCCAAACAGGGAGUCUUACACCUUCUGAACACUGUCAACAUGGAUAGGGACCAGUUUCAGUUGGGCCAAACUAAAGUAUUCAUCAAGAAUCCGGAGUCGUUAUUUCUUCUUGAAGAAAUGAGAGAGAGAAAGUUUGAUGGCUAUGCCAGAGUUAUACAGAAAGUCUGGAGAAAACAUUAUGCUCAAAAACUGUACUUUAAACUGAGAGAAGAAGCCUGUGACAUCCUACAUGGAAAGAAAGAGCGUAGAAAGAACAGCCUUAAUCGCAACUUUGUUGGAGACUAUCUAGGUCUAGAUGAUAACCCAGAGUUACGAGCCUUGGCAGGAAAAAGGGAGAGAAUUGAGUUUGCACAUACUGUCAAUAAAUUUGAUCGAAGAUUUAAGAGUAUCAAAAGAGAUUUGCUGCUGACUGGGAAAAAUCUCAUCCUUGUGGGCCUUGAGACAAUAAAGAAGGGACCCCACAAAGGAACCAAGCAACUUGUGGUCAAACGAAACAUUCCACUUGAUCAGAUUUCUGGCAUUAGUAUGAGCACCAUGCAGGACGACUACUUCAUCUUGAAUGUGCAGAAUGACUAUGGCAGCCUCCUGGAGAAUGUGUUUAAAACAGAAUUUCUCACUGUGCUGUCCAAAAAGUACAAGGAGAGGACAGGAAAGGAGCUUUACAUUCAGUUUUCAGACAGCCUGGAUUUCAAUGUGAAAAAAGAGGGCUGGGGAGGUGGAGGUACUCGCCAGGUGAGAUUUGUCAGAGGUGUUGGAGAUAUAGCUCAGCUGAAGCCAUCAUCAAAGGUUCUCACAGUUUCUAUUGGUCCUGGCCUACCUAAAGAUUCAAGACCAGGAAAGAAACAGAUUGUCAACAAAGUGAAUGGUGGUGUGAAACAGUCUCGACCAGUAGGGCCUCCUGCUCCUCAAGGUGUGGUCUCCAGCAGAGGUGGCCCAGGUCGUUCUGCUCCAGGUCGUCCAGCACCAGGUCGCCCGGCACCAAGCCAGCCCCCUCCUAGUCAGUCAGCUUCUGCUCCACCGCCUCCAACAAGCCUUCCACCAUCGAGAACAGCAGUGAAACGGCAGUCCAGCAAGGACCUGCAAGAGAAUCUGCUGAAGGCCAAACAUCAAGGAAAUCAUGCUCCAACACUUCCCAAAGACUCUGACAGCCCAGCAAAGAGGAUGGCAGCAGCGAUGAAAGCAAACAACAAUAACAACAACAAUUUCAUGAGACCUCCUGACCCAGGAGUUGCCGGUGCCCAGCGACAAAGUCUGUUAAAACCAGCCCCUGGAGGAGGGCGCCCAAGACCAACAGCUAAACCAAAGCCAUCAGUUCAGUUACCUCAGUGUAGAUGUCUGUAUGCAUAUGAUGCGCAGGACACGGAUGAGCUUAGCUUCAAUGAGGGAGAUGUGAUUAAUUUACUUAGUGAAGAUGCAUCUGGUUGGUGGAAAGGUAAACUGCGAGGCAGAGAAGGUGUCUUCCCAGCUAAUUAUGUCCAGAAAAUUUGA